AUGGCAUUUGGAAAGACACGUAAAUACAAAAAGGUGGUAAAGGUUAUCUUUCCAUCUCAGCCAGGUGGAGAGUUUCAACUCUCAAACAUCAGUAAGCUUGUCUACUUUUGUGAGAUGAACCCCGAACAACUUCAAAAAGUCGGACCUUACAUUCAACAAAAGGCAGAGAAGAAUCUUAGUAGAAAGAGAAUAGAUUUUGUUAAGGCAUGUGUUAUUAUCAUUCGUGAACUUAUCAGUCAAUGUAGAAAGAAUCUCGUGUUGUUUGCAACCAAUGCUACUAAGUUGAUGGAGUUACUGUUGCAACAAGAGCAAUAUCCAGAUUUACAGAUUGAAGCAACUGAAACUGUACAAGAUGAUGCAUCUCUAUUCCCAGAGGUAGAGAGUUUCAUAAAGUAUUUCAUAAAGAUGUCACAUAAUACUACUGGAGAUGAAAUUGCCAGACGUAAGAUCAGAGGUGAAGGAUUACGUGGAAUCAGUGCAUACAUCUCGAUUCUUGAUUUGGUUGAUGAGUUGGAUACCUUCAUUUCGACACACCGUGAGAUCAUCUCUACCAUUUUGGAUAACAUGCAAUACAGAGAUCAAGUACCAACACCAUCACUUGCUAGAAGAAAUACACAAAGUGAAAAUGAUGAUGUAAACUCUGCAUUACCAUCGAAUGUUAAAGCAAUUGCAACUGAAUGUCUUAGAGAUCUUGCAAGAAGAGUAGAUAACAUCACUGUUAAUACAAUGGUUCAAACUAUAUUAAAUUAUUUGGAUAGCCAACAACUUUGGAUUGAUAAUGUACAGCAGGAUCAUUGUUUCCCAAGAGAGUCUGUUGAAAGUGCUCGUUCAGACACUGGAGAAUGCAAACCGCAAGCCACCACCUGCCGACCUCGACGAACAACUCAAGCUGGCGUCGUUGGUUGUCGAGUCGGUCGGUGCCGUCAGUCGCAACCACCGCACCUCGCUCGACAAGAUGGAAACAAUGGCAGAGAUUAUGAACAAGAUAAGAGAGGUACCACGCGCGCCCGACGGUUACAACGUUAUCCUUCUCAAUCUCGUGCAGUGCAUCCUCCAGGUUUCGCAGACGCUCACCGACAUCAUCCCACACUCGCCACUGAACGACCUCGUACAGAAACUGUUGGAUCUAUCGGAGCAUUCCUCGCCAGAGCUCAGAAUACACGUGCAAUCGAUACUCCAAACCAUUCUGCUUCCCAACAAAUCGUUUGA